AUGGGGUUCUCCGAUCUUGUUCCUGAGAAGAAAGACUGCCUUCUCCGUUCAAUGUCGGGGCAACUGCGGGUGGAGAUGGAGGAGGUGGAGCUCAGCCUCAGGCUAUCGCAUGGUGGCCGGUUCGGGUUCGAUAGAAAGGGGGACAAGCUCCACCGGUCGUUGUCCAUGGCGGCCAUGCUGACAACGCCGGUGGAGGUGGCGGCGUCGCCUGCCCUCCCGUGGACGAGCUUGCUGCCGGUCCAAGCAGAGGCGUCGGAAAUUGGGAGCAAGCAGUGGGCUGGAUGGAUGGGGUUCUUGCUGCCGGCCAGUCUAGGCAGCUAUUGA